AUGAGUAGCUGGUUCGGGCCCAAGGCCCCAUCGCGCGUCCCAACCGACACUGUUGCGCCCCUCCGCUUCUGGGACGAUGCGGUGCUCCUCAAGUCUCUCGUGGUGUACUCACUGGCCAGAUACGACUCGCUGCUCAAUGCCGAGAAGCUGCGGUCGAGCUUGGAGCGUCUUGCGUCUAUCAAGGGAUGGAAAAAGCUGGGCGCUCGCCUCCGCAAGAACAGCAAGGGUGAAAUCGAGUAUCACGUUCCCGAGACCUUCACAGCAGAGCGACCUGCCAUUGCCUUCUCACACGUAAAGCACGAUGUGGCGAUCGACGCGCACCCGUUGGCGUCGCAGCUGCCGAGACCGAAUCCUACCCGACCGAUAAUAGCAGGAGACCCAGAGAUCUUUACGCCCUUGCUCAAGCCUGAGGGGGCGCCGACUAAGAUAGAUGACUACCUUGUGCAAGAUCGUGGCCAGCUGGGUUUGCACGUGGUGUCGUUCCUCGAUGCUACGCUCGUCAUUCUAUAUUACAACCACACGUCUUUCGAUUUAAUGGGCUGGGGAGCAUUGAUGGCCGCAUGGACACAUGUCUUACAUGGCCGCGAGGACCAAGUAGCCACUCCCGUUGGUGGCGAUCCAGGUUCAGAUGACUUUGAUUCUCUGAGCUCGCUGGGAACCAACCCAACCGAGCCGCACGUUCUGCAGAAGCACCUAAUGCAAACUGCUGGCCUAGUGGGAUAUGGCGCCUCGAACAUCAUCGACUUGGCAUUCCGGGGCAAGGAGAACCGCAUCGUUUGCGUCCCCGGUGCCUUCAUCGAGAACCUGAGGACCAAGAUCCUCGCCGAGCUCCAGGCUGAGGCUACAGCGUCCGGAUCCUCAGAGAAGCCAUUUGUGACCGAGGCUGAUGUGCUCGGAGCGUGGUGGACCAAGCUAGCAGUGACUUCCCUCAUGAAAGCCGACUCCAACCGCACCGUCAACCUCCAGUACGCUGCCAGUGCUCGCAAGGCCCUGGGCAUGUCGACCGACCCUGCCAAGGAUCCUUACUUCAGCAACCUCUUCACCAUGCUCUACACCCUUCUGCCCGCUAGCGAGAUCAUCCAGAAGCCAGUCAGCCAUCUCGCGCGCGAGAUUCGCCGGUCUGUCGUGGAGCAAGGCACGCGGGAGCAGGUUGAGGCAUACUUCGCCCUCCAGCGCCAAGCAGCGGGGAAGAUGGUCCCGUUUUUUGGCGACGCCGGCAUGCACCUUAUGACGCUUUCCAACUGGGGCAAGGCCGAUUUGUACGGUCAUGAUUUCAGCCCUGCCGCUGUCUCUGAGGAUGACGCGGAGAAGCCGCAGUAUCCCAGCUACAUCCAGACUACGCAGCUUCCAUUCAACUUCCCUGAAGGAUUCUGCGUCAUUGGGCAAGAUAGUGCCAAGAACUUCUGGCUCUACGGGUUCAGAAUCGCUGGGUACUGGGAUAAGGUUGAGCAGGCCCUGCGUGAGACGGAUGGGUUGUAA